AAUUAACAACUUCGUUUUGUUCAAAUAUAUCUCCAUUUCCAAGGUUAGUCACCAAAAAACAACCACCUCAACUGAUUCUUCAUCAUGUACCCUUCUGUCUCACAAGACUAUCCCCACAACCUACCACCAUCACCACCACCAUCAGCUCCUCCACAUCCACCACCACCACCAACGCAGUAUGCCACCGGUAUCCCAGCUCACUAUAUGGCUCCUCAUCCUCCCGUCAACGUGAAGUGGUCCAGCAGCCUUUGUGGCUGCUGCUCCGAUGUCCCCAACUGCUGCUUAACAUGUUGGUGUCCAUGCAUCACUUUCGGACAAAUAGCCGAGAUUGUCGACAAAGGAAAUACUUCUUGUGGAGUACAUGGAGGUCUGUAUACCUUAAUUGAGGCUCUCACGUGUUGUGGAUGCAUGUAUUCUUGUAUAUAUCGGACUAAGAUGAGAAGUCAACAUGGAUUGCGUGAAACCCCUUGCAACGAUUGCCUUGUUCAUUGUUGUUGCGAACGAUGUGCUUUGUGUCAAGAGUAUCGUGAGCUCAAACACCGCGGAUAUGACUUAUCCACUGGAUGGCAAGGGAAUAUAGAGAGGCAAAAUUACGGAGUACAUAUGCCAGCGCCCAUGGCUCCCCAAGGAAUGUAUCGUUAAGUAACCAUGCGCCGCUGCUCUUAGCAUUGGUUUUUGUUUUGGAUUGGUUUCAUCCAUGAGUUGAUCAUUAAUUAUUAGAAAGAACUGUAUUUUACAAAAUAAAUGGCGAGUAUAUAUAUAUACCAUCGAUUUAUUUGUAAUUAUAUUUUCAUUGCUGUACUAUUGAAUUUCUUUAUAAUUAAGGCAUAGCUUCA